AUUUACAUCCUAGAGACCGAAAUCUACAGCUCAUUUUAUGGAGAGAGGAUGAGUCAUUGCCUAUAAAAACGUUGCAAUUAAACACACUCACCUACGGUACCGCAUGUGCCAGUUACCUAAGCACUAGGUGUCUAUGGCAGAUAGGAGAAGAGUGCGAUGACAAUCUUAUUAAAGAUAUAAUACAGAGAGACUUUUAUGUCGACGAUUUAAUAUCCGGCACUAAUAAUAUUGAUGAAUUGCAAUAUAUUAAAGAUUCUGUAUCUCGAGAAUUAAACAAGGCUGGUUUAAAUUUGCGUAAGUACAAAACUAAUUUAAUUUCUAUGUUUGAUUCUUCUAAAAUUAAUAUACAAGACAGUUUAACUAUAAGUGAAGCAGCUAGUACGCUUGGCUUGGGUUGGAAUCCUAACAGUGAUACAUUACAUUUUCCAAUUAAUAAACCUUUAAUUAGAUCCAUAAUUACAAAAAGAAGCAUAAUGUCGGAUGCUUUCAAAAUUUUUGAUCCGCUUGGACUACUAAGUCCUUAUAUAAUGUUACCUAAAUUAAUGUUACAGAAAUUAUGGCAAAUUAAGUUACAUUGGGAUGAACCAGCCCCAAAAAAUAUUCAUGAUGCGUGGGAAGAGUUCUCAGCGGACCUCUCAUUAUUAUCAAGUUUUCAAAUUCCUAGAUGUAUAUUAAGCGACUCACAUAAUAUUAUAGAUAUUCAUUGUUUUUGUGAUGCUUCAUUGGCAGGAUACGGUGCUUGUUUAUACAUAAGAACGGUAUCGUUACAUAGUGAGGAUGUCCAAAUAAAUCUUUUAUGUUCUAAAUCCAAGGUGGCGCCACUAAAGCCCACUUCAGUACCUCGUUUAGAGCUUUGCGCUGCUUUGCUAGCCAGUCGACUUACUGAGAGUGUAACAAGGUCAAUAAGAUUCACUGUAAAUUCUAUAACUCAUUGGUCUGAUUCUACUGUCGUGUUAGGAUGGUUAAAGAGUGAUGCAUCAAAAUUAAAAGCCUUUGUAGCUAAUAGAGUAGUCGAAAUUCAAGAUAAAACUAAGAAUUCCCUCUGGCGUUGUACCUACAAAUCAAAAUCCCGCGGAUUUGAUUUCGCGCGGCUCUAGAUUUAGGGAAUUACAGGAUUCAACACUGUGGUGGCAUGGGCCUUCAUUUUUACUAAAGGAUAAGAGCGAGUGGCCCACUUUAAAUCCACAUAAUAAGGUCGUAGAAUUGCCUGAAUUAAAAUGUAGUACGACUGCAAUCGUACUUGAGUCUAUUAUUCAUUUUGAACGUUUUUCUAAUUUUAAUAGAUUACAACGAGCUUUCGCUUACGUAAAACGUUUUAUAUUCAAUAUAAAUGUUCGAAAUAUCUCUCAGAGGCGUCUUGGAUCACUAACAGCAGACGAAAUAUCAGUAUCCUUUAAAUCGCUAUGUUUAAUUGCUCAAAUGCAAAGCUUUCCUCUAGAAUACAAAUUAUUGCAAGGCAAAAAAUCACUAAGUUCUAAAUCAAAAUUAUUAAAUUUAUCCCCUUUUAUUGAUAAUGACGGUUUGAUACGUGUUGGAGGACGUCUAAAAUCCUCUAACUACACAUAUGAUAAAAUUCAUCCGAUUUUAUUAGAUUCUUCUCACCAAAUUUCUAAAUUAUUGUUUAAGUAUGAACAUAUACGUAAUAUGCACGCCGGUCCUCAGCUAUUACUAGCAACAAUAAGACAAACAAUUUGGCCUAUAAAAGGUAGACAUCUUGCCCGCACCACCGUAAAUAAUUGUGUUCGAUGCAAACGGGUUCAAGGUCAUACUUUAUUUCCGAAAAUGGGAGAGCUACCUACUCAGCGCAUUACGCCUGAUUUCCCGUUCAAUUCCGUAGGUAUUGACAUGGCCGGCCCAUUUUAUAUAGUUAAUCGAAAGGGACGCGGCGCAAAAUUGUUAAAAUGUUACCUAUGUUUGUUUGUUUGUCUUCGUUACAAAUGUCUGCAUUUGGAGGCUGUAAGUGAUCUUACUAAAGAAGCAUUUAUUAUGACAUUGGAGAGAUUUGUGUCGCGACGCGGAAGGCCGGCUGAAAUAUUUUCGGAUAAUGGGCGCAAUUUUGUAGGAGCGUCAAAGCAAUUAAAUACGUAUAUAGAAAAUUUUAGCAACGCAUUAUCUGAUUUUACAGCUCAAGCCAAUAUUAAAUUCAUUUUUACGCCGUCGUACGCUCCUCAUUUCGGUGGUAUUUGGGAGGCUGGUGUUAAGUCAGCCAAGCACCAUAUCAGGCGUGUCAUGGGCAACUCCCAUUUAACCUUCGAAGAAAUUACUACAUUAUUCGCACAGGUGGAGGCUAUAUUGAAUAGUCGUCCGUUGUGCCCAUUAUCUUCAUCUCCCGAUGAUUUCCUUUUCCUUUCCCCAGGGCACUUCCUUAUCGGGAGACCACUAAAUGCGCUACCAUCUGCAAGCUGUGACUCUAAGGAGCCUCAAGUCAAGCGCUACGAACGACUCGAGCAGAUCCGGCAACAUUUUUGGAGCAGAUGGCAGAACGAGUACAUAUGCGAGCUGCAGACUCGAACAAAAUGGAAAUCCAACAUGGCUGCACUUAAGGUCGGAGACUUAGUAUUAUUGAAGGAGGAUUCCAUUUCCCCAUUAUGUUGGCGUACUGGACGAAUACUAAGGUUAUUCCCUGGGCCCGAUGGGAUAUCUCGCGUCGCUGAUGUCAACACUAUUGCCGGAUGUUAUCGUCGGCCUCUUGUUCGUCUCUGCCCUUUGCUAAAUGAAGAAGAAUCUACAAGUUGAAGAACUGCGUCUUCAACGGGGGGGAGUAUGUUCACGCCCGAUAGUUAGUUUGCUAUUUUUAUCUAUCAGGCGUUUGAUUAUUUAAGAUAUUUUUACGUCAUGUAUAAUUAUUGUAGAAUUGACGGUAGAAAAUUAUUUUUUUUUUUGCCAUACUUCUAACUGCGACUUUCGCUU